AAGAAGAGAAGAAGGUGACAGCCCAACGGUCUCUCUCUCAAAAGGAAGAACCCUAAGGAGGAAAGGAUGGUGGAAUCGGAGUAUGAGCAGAUACGAUUGAAAAGGUUGGAAGAGAAUAAGAAGAGGAUGAUUGAGCUUAAUCUCAACAAGCUCUCUCAAUCUCUUCGCCUCACCUCUUCAUCUCCCAAGCCUUCUCCUGCGAAGGCAAGGACGCUGCUGGUUACUGUAGAAUCGUCGGAGGUCAGGAGAUCAAGCCGUGCUAAGAAUCCUCCUCCCAGCUACAGAGAGUUUGGGCCAGAUCUCCUGGAAAGGCCAAGAAGGAGCUAUCAAAGACGAGAUUUGCUGAACCGGGUCUAUGCCUCAGACGAUGCUAGAGUCUAUGCUAUCGAGAGAGCAGAGGCGCUUCAGUCAAGUUUAGAACCAGAGUUCCCAAGCUUUAUUAAACCAAUGCUCCAGUCACACGUUACUGGAGGGUUUUGGCUGGGCUUGCCGCGUCAUUUUUGUAAAACACAAAUGCCACAGUACGAUGAGAUGAUUACUCUAGUUGAUGAAAACGAUGAUGAGUCUGAGACCAAAUACCUUGCUGACAAGAAUGGGCUUAGCGCAGGCUGGAGAGGUUUCGCUAUUGACCAUCAGCUUGUCGAUGGAGAUGCUGUUGUCUUUCACCUUAUCAACCCAACAACCUUUAAGGUGUAUAUCAUUAGGGUGAAUGAUGAAUCAGACAACUGUUCAGGUGGGAGUAAUGACAAAGAGCUUGUUAUUAAAUCAAUCAAGAAUCAAGAGGAGAAGGUUUCAGAAGCUCCUCCGUUGUCAAACAGUGGUAAAAGGAAACGAAGAGGCAGGAAGUAGAGUUUGAAAGCUUGGAGUAGGAGGACUUCAAUGGAUGGGAUCCAGUAGUUUGAGUAACCUAAUUAAAACAUUUUUUGUGUGUUGUUUCUCUGAUGAGGUGUGUAGUUUAUGUGAUGGGAGACGUAUUGUUAAGCUAAUAUUUUGGUAGCUACGUUGAUUUUAUAUGAAAAUCGAACUUAUGUAGCGCUACUCUUGAGCUCUUGCAUUUUAAUUGUGUUUUGCUUCUCUUUUGUCGUAAUUGGUUGCACACAGUUACACUUCAUUUUACUACAUUGGAGGCUGUAGUCACAAGCGACAU